GUGACUGGGGCUUUGCCGGCCUCACUAUGUCUGCCAUUUUUAAUUUUCAGAGUCAGUUGACUGUAAUCUUGCUGCUUAUAUAUUCCUGUGCUUAUAUCCCAUCCUUGGCACACAGCCUCCAGGACAGAAAUAAAAUUGGAUUGUUGGGUAUAUUUUGGAAAUGCUCCAGAAUUGGUGAACAGAAGAGUCUUUAUGUUGCAGUAUGCUGUAUAGUGAUGGCCUUCAGCUUCCUCUCAUACAGCCCCCGUCGUGAUUCAGCCACACUGGUGUUCGCGCCGCUCCUCAAACGUUUCGAGUCAUUCCUCUCUCAGGGCCUUGUCUUGCUGUUCGUUCUUCCAGGAACGCUCUCCUAA